AUUAAACUAAACAAAAGAAAAAAGAAAAAAAGUAGCCCAAAUGGUGUCAACUUUCAACCCCAAGUAAAAAAGUUGGUUCAAUCCCCAUUAACAUACCCACUUAAAUCCAACCCUCCCAUUAAAAAAUUGACAAAGAAUCUCUCUCUCUCUCUCUCUCUCUCUCUCUACCCACCUAACUUAAUCUCUCUCUUAAAAGUGUUUGUGUCUGUUACUUAGCACUGUGACCUUGUGAGAAGUUAUGUUUGUACUUUUAAAGGGCCUUGUAUAUUUUUUAUUUGUUUGCUUCUUCUGUGUCAGUUCUAGUUGUGUUCGUUCAUUAACAUAAGUUUGUGUGGGCUGUUCUAACCCACAUGGGAAACUCAAAGCUCUGCAAGUUCCAGAGCUUGAGUUCUGAGAAAACUAUUGCUUGGGUUUCUUCCACCAAACCCACUUCUUUGUUUCCUUAUAGGAUGAAUACUACUCAUUGCUUUGCUCUCACUAUUUGUGGGUCAUCUUUAAUUUAAUACCCCCUUUUUGUUCUUGCUUCAAGUUAUUGAUUCCUAGUAUUGUAAUUUGGUUCAUUCUUUUACUAUUUUAUUGGAGUUUUAUUUUCUUCAUCAUCAUUGAGAAGUUUGUGUUGGAGAUUUUGAGAUUUGGUGUUGUAUGGGAUGGGGGUGGUGAUGCUAGCCAUGCUCCAGCUGAUGAAACUCUGUGUCAUUGGCUUUGCUUUGGCUGUCCAAGGAUCUACAGACUCCAAUAUAUCCCCAUCUCCAGCAAGCUUUUCUUUAGUUCCUCCGAUAGAAGGAACACCUGGUCCUGCAUAUCAUAGAAACUCAUGGAGAACAAGUGCACCAAGCUCAUCAUCACAGCCAAAUGGGUCAGAUUCUCACCCUUCACUUGCAUCACCGCCCCUCACUUCUGCCCCAUUGCCUGGAGGGAUCCAAGGGCUUGUACCAUUCUUGUCACCAAGCACUCCAACUGUGUCAAGCACUCCAACUGUAUUGCCACCAUAUAGAACAGCUCCUCCACCUCUGACUAUUCAAGGACAUGUACCAUCCAUACCGCCAAGUCAUAGAAAGUCAUGGAGAACAAGUGCACCAAGCUCAUCAUCACAUCCAAAUGGGUCAGAUUCUCACCCUCCACUUGCAUCACCGCCCCUUACAUCUGCCGCAUUGCCCAGAGGGAUCCAAGGGCUUGUACCAUCCUUGUCACCAAGCACUCCAACUGUGUCAAGCACUCCAACUGUAUCACCACCAUAUAGAACAGCUCCUCCACCUCUGACUAUUCAAGGACAUGUACCAUCCAUACCGCCAAGUCCUUCACCAGUUAAGAAGACUGCUGCAUCAAUGCCAGUUGCUGCUCCAGUAGCAACUCCUAGGAAUUUGCCACAAAACUCACCAGUCAGCCACCCAGGUGUGCCAGGAACUUUGUCACCAAGCUCUCAUCAAAGCAAUCUACCAGAUAAUAAGGCUCCCAUCCCAGAACCAGUUACUCCAGUAACCGUUGCAUCACCACCAAGGAAAGUGGGACAAAAUCCACCUGCAGUUCACCCAAAUAUGCCAGAAAUAACACCAUCCGUAUUACCUGUGCCAGUUGCAUCACCGCCAAUUAAAUUGCCACAAAAUUCACCGGUCAUCCAUCCUGUUAUGCCUGACCCUGAUGUCUCACCUGCUUCUACUCCUCCUUCAAGCAUUGGUUGGAAGAGGAAUAGAAUUCCGAAGGCUGCACCUCCUCAUGAAACACCCAAGCCAUUAACCCCUGGGGACCAUUCUCCUGCUCAAGCUCCUUCCACACACAAAGAUAUGAUUCAUUCUGAUUAUUCUCCUGCGCCAUCUAUUUUAUCUCCUAAAUCUCCAUUAAAUAAAGGGUAUCAUUCUCCUGCACCUCCACCUACAACCUCAUUUUAUAAGCAUCACCAUACAAGGAACAAAAUCACCAGUCCUGCUCCUGCAUCAUCAUAUCCAGUUUCUCCUCCCACUAAAAAACAGCAAGGUCAGGUCGUCUCUCCAGGCUUACCUCCAAUAAGGGGACCAAAGCACUAUGCUCCUUCUCCCCUGAAGCAAGACCCUGAUGUCUCACCUGCAUCAACUCCUCCUUCAAUCCUAGGAGGAAAGAGGAAUAGGAUUCCGGAGGCUGCACCUCCACAUGAAACAUUCAAGCCAUUACCCCCUGUGGACCAUUCACCAGCUCAAGAUAAAGGGUAUCAUUCUCCUGCAUCUUCACCUUCAACCUCAUUUUAUAAGCAUUAUCAUACAAGGAACAAAAUCACCAGCCCUGCUCCUGCAUCAUCAUAUCUGGUUUCUCCUCCCACUUUGAAAGAGCAAGGUCCGGCCAUGUCUCCAGGUUUGCUUCCGAGAAGUAGACGAACACACUAUGCUCCUCCUCCCCUGAUGCCAGUUUCCCGAUCUCAUGUCCCCCUUCCUUCACCAAUGAGCAAUGUUUCACCUGCUCCUUCUCCACCUCCAAAAGCUGCAUCCAGCCAUACCAAAAUGCCCCUUCUUCCCCCUAAUGUUUCGCCUUCUGGAUCGAAGAGUCCAAAGAUGCCAGUCCUGCCACCACUUAAAGCAUUCCCACCUCCACCUCCUAAUGAAGAUUGUUCAUCAACCAUAUGCACAGAACCCUAUACAAAUACUCCUCCUGGGUCACCCUGUGGCUGUGUCUGGCCCAUGCAAGUUGGACUGCUCCUGAGUGUUGAUCUGUAUACCUUCUUCCCUUUGGUUUCAGAGCUGGCUAAAGAAACUGCUGCUGGGGUUUUUAUGAAACAAAGUCAAGUUCGCAUUAUUGGAGCCAAUGCUGAUAGUCAGCAAGCAGAGAAGACUAUUGUCAAUAUUGACUUGGUACCCCUAGACGAAAAGUUUGAUAGUACCACAGCCAUGUUGACUUUUCAGAGAUUUUGGCAUAAACAAGUUGUUAUAAAAUCUUCCAACUUUGGGGACUAUGAAGUACUAUAUGUCCGCUACCCUGGUUUGCCCCCAUCUCCACCUUUACCUUCAGGCAUUACCAUAAUAGAUGGUGGUCCGUAUUCUGGUACUAGCAAUGCAAGGACAAAUAAACCUCUUGGGGUCAACGUGCAGAAAGGGCGGCACAAUAAUGGGCUUAGUGGUGGCGUAAUUGCUAUUAUUGCACUUUCAGCUUUUGUAGGGGUGUUCUUAUGCUCUGCUGCUGCUUGGGUGGUGCUCUUCAAACAUAGAAACAAUGUUUGUGGAACAGUGCCAACUGCACAUGCUUUGCCACCUCUAACCAAACCAUCAGGGCUUGCUGGGUCUUUGAUGGGAAGUGGGCCCAGUUCUGCGUCAUUAUCAUUUGGAUCCAGUAUUCCUCCUUAUACUGGAUCUGCGAAGACAUUCAGUAUGAGCGAUAUAGAGAAAGCUACUGACAAUUUUGAUGUUUCAAGAAUACUUGGGGAAGGUGGCUUUGGCCUUGUUUACAGUGGUGUUCUUGAAGAUGGGACCAAAGUAGCUGUCAAAGUUUUAAAGAGAGAUGAUCAGCAGGGAGGGCGGGAGUUCUUAGCAGAAGUUGAGAUGCUUAGCCGUCUUCAUCAUCGUAACUUAGUCAAGUUGAUUGGUAUAUGUACAGAGGAGCGUGCUCGCAGCUUGGUUUAUGAACUCAUUCCAAAUGGCAGUGUGGAAUCUCAUUUACAUGGAGUUGACAAGGAAACUGCUCCACUUGAUUGGGCUGCCCGCAUGAAGAUAGCACUUGGCGCUGCUCGUGGUCUAGCUUAUCUGCAUGAGGAUUCCAGCCCUCGUGUCAUACAUAGGGACUUCAAGUCCAGCAACAUCUUGUUGGAACAUGAUUUUACACCAAAAGUGUCUGAUUUUGGUUUGGCUCGAACUGCCUUGGAUGAGGAAAACAGACACAUAUCAACACGUGUCAUGGGAACUUUUGGGUAUGUGGCCCCGGAGUAUGCGAUGACUGGUCAUCUUCUUGUAAAAAGUGAUGUUUACAGUUAUGGAGUUGUCCUUCUUGAGCUUUUGUCUGGGAGAAAACCAGUAGAUAUGUCGCAACCACCUGGCCAAGAGAAUUUAGUGGCAUGGGCCCGUCCGCUCCUCACUAGUAAAGAAGGUUUGGAGACAAUGAUAGAUGCAUCUCUAGGAUCUGAUGUGCCUUUUGAUAGCAUUGCCAAAGUAGCAGCCAUUGCAUCAAUGUGUGUACAACCAGAGGUAUCACACCGUCCAUUUAUGGGUGAGGUUGUUCAAGCCUUAAAACUGGUAUGUAAUGAGUGUGAUGAGGCAAAGAUAGGUUCAAGAUGCUCAAGCCAAGAAGAUUUGUCAAUUAACAUGGAUGCUGGUGUUGUUACUGGCUCAGGACAGUUGCCAGAUCCUUUGCCAAGUGAUUACUUUGUUCCUAACUUUAAUUCUGGAAUUGAUAUUGAGAGAGGACUAUCUGUAUCAGAUUUAUUUAGUUCAUCGGCAAGAUUGGAAAGACAGGCAUCUGGGUCAUUUAGGAGGUACUGUAGUACAGGUCCUUUAAGAACAGGAAGGGGCAGGCACUUCUGGCAGAGAAUUAGGAGAUUGUCUGGGGGCAGUGUGAGUGAACAUGGGGUUAUGUUCAGGUUAUGGCCAGGUUCCCAUUGAAUGCUAUAAAUUGCAGUGGCUAAAUGUUGAUUUUUCUUUGAAUUUUUGGAACUUAAAUUUGAAAGCACAAGCAGGAAGUUGUUCCAUCAUGCUGACAAGAAUGGCUUUCUGAGGCUCGGAAGUGGGAUGUAAUCAAGUUAUAAUUGGAACUGCAAUACUUAAGCUGCCAUAAAUUAACAUCUGGAUGCAAAUGCUUAUCGGGAAGAGUUUGAAUAUAAUUCAGAUUUGCAGUAAUAAUUAUCAAAUGAUAACGGAAGUUGGUCUCGGACGGGCCUCCAUUGUCUGUCUAUACUUGAAUUGAUGGAGUUGCAUUAGCAAUAAUUCUGGAUCGAGGCUACUACAACGUUUUCAAACUGUCAGUCCACUGAUGUGUAAUUGAAAAAAGAAAAGGUUGCUUUUAUUACUGAAAAUGUAUAUAACAUUUUGUAUCGAGAAAUGCUUCCUGUUAGAUUCAAUUCUCCACUUCCAAUGCAGUGAAUUUUGUAGUUACGCUGUUACUUUUCAUAGGAUGUAAAUAAUUUAUUUUGGAUAAUGAACGCAGAUUUUUCAUUCA